CACACACACACACACACUUCCAGACGGCAGCCGCUACAGGGAAGAUGGAGGACGGUGUGGCAGCGGCGGAGCGGACCUCCAGUCUGCAGCACCAUCACCGCUGAAAACAGGGUGCAUUUGGGGAAAUAAUCUUUCACAGAAUCUAAAACUGCUGCUGUCAAUUUGCAGAAGCACGUGGUCCAGCAGAAGUCGUAGAACGCUACGCUAAAGUCCUGAAGACCUACUACAAAAGAAGUCAAUCACUGCUGCAUGCAAAAAGUCUCUUCCCAGCAGCCUUUUACACUGCCUCAUAGAGGGUGCUGUUGACGGACUCCUAAACAUUUCUCAAACAGCCAGCCAUGAACUCCCAGCAGACGGAACUUGGCCAGGAGGUGAUGGAGGAGACUGAUGCCCCUCCUCGUCAUCGCCACAAUAACCACAACAGCCGGACCCGUAACCAGGAAAAGCGCUACAGACGCUGUGAAGCCCUGGCUGGAGCAAGUGCUGGCAGCAGAGCCAGGGCACCACAGCAGCGCAGGCCACAGGAGGAGCAAGACAUGGAACUGCAACAUGGAGCUCAGUCUACACAGCCCCUGCAGCCCCAGCCCAUUCCACGACCUGCAGUGGCACGUUAUCGCAGACAGGGGGAUAGCGAGGCACGGAUCAGAGCCCAGCAGCAGAGGCACAGACAGAGGCAGCAGAGAGAGGCAGAGAGAGCACAACAUUUAGCACAGCAACAGGAGAAGAAGCACCAAGCAGAGAUGACCCAGGAAGAUGACCGAGAAAGGGAUGAUUCAGUGCUGGCCCGCUCAGCAAGCACAGAGAGUGGCUUCCACACCCAUACCGAUCGUGCUGAGGGGGACGAUGAUCUGGUAAUGAUGUCUCUGGAGCCUGAAGGGCAGCCAGAGGUGGAGGAUGAGGUGGGGAACUAUGGAGUCCAGCUACUGCCAGAGGCAGAGGGGUACACUGAGAGUGCCGAGGCUGAACAGCAACAUCUCCAUCCACAUACUAACUAUCCUCCUCAGCACCCGCCCCUGCCACGUGACCACCCGCCUGAUAUCCAAAACCUGCAGAGACAGGAUGAAGCAGAGGAGAUGCUGAACGCUGGAUACUCCAACUACAUCUACACUCAAGCCCUCAGCCACUCCGGGGAAAGGGCAGACCUCUCAGCUCAGAGUUUAGAUGCUAGACUUCCGGACGAAGCCUAUUCUGAGCCAUAUGACAUUUACUCACUCUCUGAGCAUGUUUACGAGGAAAUCUGUGAUGCUCCGACAUCAGUUUCAUAUACUGCAGACAGGCCUAAGGACACUCUCCAACAGAGGAAGGCCGGUUUUCAGCUGUUGGAAGGCCGGGCAGGAGGUGGAGACUACCAUCAGCAGGAGGCGGUGGGCUCCCGCCUGCGCCACUACGAUGAGCGCUCGGAUGGCGAGUCUGACAGCCCAGAGAAGGAGGCGGAGUUUGCCCCGUAUCCACGCACUGACAGCUGCGACCAGGAGGAAGACCUCCACUACAAAGAAAGCCUAAGCUCUCAGAGUCUUCAUCAUUCUGCGGAAGAUACCAUAGAUGAAGCAAAUAAACUUCUGCAGGAAGUAGAAAAACCCCAAUCUGAUGCUGAGAAAAACCACAAAGCUACCAACGGAGGGAAGCCACCCAGAAGACAGGCUGGGAGUCCAUCAGAGGAGGCUGUAGCAGUGAGGAACAGUCAGGACAAGAGGGAUGCAAUAUCCCUGGCCAUCAAGGACAUUAAAGAGGCCAUAGAGGAGGUGAAGACCAGAACAGUGAGAUCUCCUUACACACCUGAUGAGCCCAAGGAGCCCAUUUGGGUAAUGAGACAGGACCUGAGCCCCACUGCAGAGUGUGACCUCCAGCCAUCACUCGGGAGCGAUCAGUCUCCUGGUUCAGGCUCGCCAUCUCCUCCAGGAGCAGAGUCAUCCAGCAGACAUCUGCUGCAGGAUGACAACUUUGAAUCUUCUCCCUCCAGUAAAGAGUCCAGGAGAAGCCUUGCAUCAUUCCCCACAUACGUAGAAGUCCCAGGCCCAUGUGACCCAGAGGACUUGAUCGAUGGGAUCAUAUUCGCAGCCAACUACCUGGGCUCCACCCAGCUGCUGUCAGACAAGACACCGUCUAAAAACAUCCGCAUGAUGCAGGCGCAGGAGGCUGUCAGCCGCAUCAAGACGGCCCAGAAAUUAGCCCAGAACAAGAAGAAGGGCCCUGAGGGUGAGCCUCAGCCCAUGACAGAGGUGGAUCUCUUCAUCUCCACUCAGAGAAUCAAAGUUCUCAAUGCUGACUCCCAGGAGACCAUGAUGGACCACCCUUUACGGACCAUCUCCUACAUUGCUGACAUUGGCAACAUUGUGGUUCUGAUGGCCCGGCGCAGGAUGCCUCGACCCGACUCUCAGGAGAAUGUGGAGGCCUCAGACCCAGGUCAAGACAGCAAGCGCCAGUACAAGAUGAUAUGCCACGUGUUUGAGUCUGAGGAUGCCCAGUUAAUUGCCCAGUCCAUCGGGCAGGCCUUCAGUGUGGCUUACCAGGAAUUUUUACGGGCCAAUGGCAUUAACCCUGAGGACCUGAGCCAGAAGGAGUACAGUGACCUGCUCAACACUCAGGACAUGUACAACGAUGACCUCAUCCACUUCUCCAAGUCUGAGAACUGCAAAGAUGUGCUCAUAGAGAAAGCUAAAGGAGAGAUAAUGGGUGUGGUGAUUGUGGAGAGUGGGUGGGGCUCCAUCCUUCCCACUGUUAUCAUUGCCAACAUGAUGCAUGCUGGGCCAGCUGAGAGGUCUGGCAGACUGAACAUAGGAGACCAGAUCAUGUCCAUUAAUGGGACCAGUCUGGUGGGACUGCCACUGUCCACCUGCCAGAGCAUCAUCAAGGGUCUGAAGAACCAGUCUCGGAUCAAGCUGAACAUUGUCAGAUGUCCCCCAGUGACCACUGUACUCAUCAGACGGCCAGAUCUCCGCUACCAGCUGGGCUUCAGCGUCCAGAAUGGCAUUAUCUGUAGCCUUAUGCGUGGGGGCAUUGCUGAACGGGGCGGGGUCAGAGUGGGUCACCGCAUCAUCGAGAUCAAUAGCCAGAGCGUGGUGGCCACGCCCCAUGAAAAAAUUGUCCACAUCCUGUCCAAUGCUGUGGGAGAGAUCCAUAUGAAGACGAUGCCUGCAGCCAUGUACCGCCUGCUGACCGCCCAGGAGCAACCUGUUUACAUUUAACAAGUCAAGGCCCUGACCUCACACACCCUUUAACCCUCCUGCAAUCAACUGUCACUCCCCAAGCCUCCCCCCCUGCUCAGCCAGUGCUCAUCCUGUACCCUUCUAUCCACAAGUGAUGGACUGUACUGAGUUGUUCUGUUGCCUUUUGACAACAACAUAGAAACCCAAAUUGUCCAUCAGCACUCACUAAAAGAUUUGUUUGUGUACAUUUGGCUAAAGGUACAAUUAGAGAAAGGAUGUUUACACCUGAUACAUUUUCAGCGCCUAGUAGUGCCCAAGAAUCUUCAAAUGUUUUGAAACUUUACACAUUAGCACUAUAACAAUUCCUAAGUGUAUAUUUAGUGCUCAGUUUAGGCAACUAAGACAGUUUGGAGAAAAUUUUAGUCACUGUUACGACUUCUCAAACAUUAGAAACCUUAUUUUCACAUGCAGGGAACUUAACCUUGAUGUGGCAAUCUGCACAUCCAACCCUGACCUCCGCAACCCCCAACUGUGCUUUCUGCCAUGCUGCUAUUUCACUGGCAGAACACUGCCCGUCUUCAGUUAUAUUUCCUCCACCAAAUCAUGUUUUUUGUUUUAUAUUGGACAUGUUACAUGCUAAUGUUGUACCUACAUUUCAUGGGACCAACCUUCAGCUCUCCUCCUACUAAAUGUUGAUGUUCUUUGCACAACACAGAGCUCUCCACACAGGUAUAUGAAUCUUGACCCUACUCACAGUCCACGCAUUUGCAGCAUUGUUGAAAAAUUGACGCUGCGGCUCCAUUUUCCACUUCCAACAGAAAACCUUUCCAAACCCUACUGUAGUCAGUUAUCCCAGUAGUUGUUAGCAGCAACAGUAGCUCCAGUUAGCAUGUAUUCCCAUUAAACUAACAACCCCUAGUUGCUCCAGAGCGUGCGACCUCUGAUAUAUAUACAGUAACUGUAAGUUGCUUUGGAUAAAAGCGCCAGCUUAAUGUAAGCCCAAAUCAGAUACAGGUCGGAUUUUUUGAAAUGUGACCUCACUCUAGAUUGCCCUCAUCAUAAUUCAGCACGAAUGAAUGCAAAAAUGUAGGUAGUGAGUAGGGAUCGACAGAUAUGUUUUUUUCCGGGCCGAUACCAAUUAUUAGUAACCAAUUAGACUGAUAUUAGACCAAUAUUUGAAACCGCUAUACAUUUGCUCUAAAAAUUUUAAUCUUGGUGUCAAAAUUUAGAAUACCCCAAACUUCAACACAAAACUUUGUUGAAAUGGCUUUAAGUGUAUCUUAUCAAAUAACAAGACUAAAAUAAAGUGUCAUGUUUAAUCUUUAAAAAUAGUAAAUUAAAUGAAUUAGAACAAGGACCCAUUAACUAAGAGUGAUAAAUUAUCAUAAACUUCGUCUUUACAUGCUGCCAUUUAUAUUGUAUUUAUUUUAUAUUGUUAGUAUUUUAUUUAUACUAUUUAUUAGUUCUGUUCUUUAUCUAUACUCUUAUUGGUUUUCAUUAUUAUUUUGCCUUUAAAAAAUAUAUUAUUUAAAAAAAGAAGAAAUUCAGAACAGUUUUUGACUAACAUGACGUUUAUAACUAUCUGUUUUCAGAGCAGCAACAAAAGUAUACAGCAGCAAAGUCACUUUAUAAAGUGAUCUCACUGGAAAAAAAUUUAUAUGUAAAAUAUACUAUAUUCCUGACAUCGAAUGGUGGAAAGUGGUGACAACAGCCAGCUGCAUCAGAGCCAAAGGAACGCAUUUUUAAAAUGAAUUAUAUCGGCAAUCUGAUGACCGAUUCAGAAUUAUUGAAAAAUGCUAAAUAUUGGUGCCGAUAAUUGGCCAGGCCGAUUAUUGGUCGACCCCUAGUUGUCAGUGGAGUGACAGUGAGGUGUCAGACCUAAGUAUUUGCGGUGAAGGGUCAUAUCGGAACCACUCUGUUUCAUGUUUACUUCCAUACAACUGUGUGCUGCGUGUAACUGCUUGUGUAUUAUUCUUUUGUGCAUGCAGACCACUUUUAGGCCGUGGCUAGUUCACACUGGAGUCUGAAAUGGGCCAAUCAUGGGUCAAUAAAGAAAAUCGAGUUCUGGGCAGUAAAUCAGAAUUGGGCAUUAAGUCAUAUCCCUAUUUACAUUCAAAUAGUUGGUCAUUUUAAUGGGACAUAAGCGUUAGCAUAAUUAAUAACUAGUUACCAGCAGGUUGCUAGUGCCAACCAACACAAUGUCUUUUUGGCUAAUUUGAGCAGUCUCUUACCAAACUAUGAAAAUGUCUUUUUAACUAUACCAAUGCAAUGGUACAAGCAGGGUGUGAACCACGGGGGAGCCUUAAUAAGAUAUGAGCUCCCCUGAAAACAUGAUUUGUGAAGUUUUGGGGGUCUCUAAAAUAUUGACAAUACGCUAUUUUUGCCAUUCAUUUCCAUUUUUCUGUGUCAUCAUGGAUCAUGCGUAAAAUUAGGAGCAUCAGCUUCAUCAAGCCAAAGGGAACGAUCACCAACCAUCUGCAGCGCUCCGGUUCACUCUGCAACCUCCUCUCCCUGGCCCUGUACACCCCAAACCCCGGUCCCUCUCCGGUAGACUACUACGCUCAUUCUGGCUGGAUGAAGACUGACACACCUGAUUUUACACAUGAUCCCGCCUGCCUCAUCUGUUAAUAGAUUUUCCGUGAAUUAAGUAAAAGAGACAGUGAUCACCAAAGACCUCUUCCAUAUACCUUUUUACAUGUAGCAUCAUUUAAUAACCAAAUUUGUGAAUAGUUGACAGUUGUUUAUUGAAUUUUAUUACGAGUUUAAUGUGAAAUAUCUUCAAUUUAGAAUGUUCUUAUAAAUGUAAUUAUAAAGGUGAUUGCUGUAACACACAUAGUACAGUUCACUUUAUUUUCCCCUCAGAGGAAAUGUGUUCUGACAAAGCUAUAGUUUCUCUACAGUUACUGAAGUGUAGCCAGUUUCAGGGAUUACAUGUCACUGAUCGCAUGUAUUCCUAGAUCAUACUUUGAAGGACCUUCAGUAAGAGAGAAAAGGGCAGCAGCUCUGCAAAUGCUCACUACAGCAGAAUUUUGUGUCCACCAAAGUUCUACUGCAGGCUGCUUAGAUUUGCCUCCAAAAUCACUUCUGUUCCUGCAAUACAAACUGUUCAGGGGUGCACUGUUUUUUGUGUUUAUUUGUUUAAAAAACCUGAAACAUGAUUAUUUUUGUCCAAUUUAUUUUUCAUAUUUUAAUGUUUUGGGAUAAUUUAAUAAUAUUGUGUAUUUAUACACAAAGUAACCUUAUACAGUGGCUUGUUUUUAAAUUGAAUGGUGCUUAUAACAAGACUAAUAUGACAAUGUGACUGUACCCUUCAAUGACAGUGUUAUUAUAUGUUUUAUCCUACUUACUUAUAUUCUUUGGCUUACUCCUGGCCAUUUUCAAAAUGCAGUUUUCAUUUUCAGGGUUAGAUAAUCCAUCAUAGUGUAUCACUGAUUUCCACUCUCUACAAGCUGGUUUUCACUGGCAAUUUGUGGCUGUCUCUAAAAGCUAAAAUCUAAAAACAAAGGUUCUGCUCUGGACAGUGGUCGACAGGCAACUAGAGAAAAGGUAAUGGGCUUAAACACGUAAAAACACCUGCAUUUCUGUGGAUAUUCUUGAUUAUCUGCUGUUUUGAAUUGAGGGUACUUUGAUCAGACAUGUUUUAGUAGAAGUGCUCAGACGAACUGACAAACUCAAAUGCAGAGCAAAGUAAAGCUUUUUUCCCGCCUGCCUUCUUGUGGAGAUAGGGGUUACACAUGUUAAAGUUUAUCCAUCCAUUGUCAACCACUUAUCCUGCGUACAGGGUCGCGGGACAUGUUAAAAUUGUUAAAGUUAAUGUUUUUAAAUUUGCACGGAUGUUACGGCAUAAACACAUCAUCUCCUUUAAACUGCUUUACUUUCAGUGGAGGAGUUUCCCUACAUCAUUUCCAUAUACUAAGUAGUUGAUUAUAAACUUUAGAAAUGCAGUUAUAUGUGGUCCAGUUAGUCCAUACUGGGCAAGAUGCCACACUUACAUAUAGUAAAUUCAAAAAGCCUUUAAGUUUUUAAAUAAUGCCUUUUAUCCAACUUAAUAACAUGUUGAUUGUCAUUGACUAAGAGGGCAGUGGUCAGAUUAAAAAUGUUUUUAUUCUAAAAUUGAAUCAAGUCACAUUGCAGUCACAAAAGUGUUUCGGUGCUUCAUGUAAAAACUUUAAAUUUAUUAAGGCUCAAAUGAUUAAAUAAUGUUUUUUUUAAACAGAACUAAUCCCAUAUACUGUACAUGUACAACUGUCUUUUAAAAAUGUAGAACAUCAACAGAGCUGUUUUGAUUAUUUUUUGUGGAUUAGACAUCAACUACAACACAGAGACAAACUUAGGUUUGCAGCUUCACUGUGGUUACAGAUAAUGUUUGAGUUCACACAAAUGUUUUUUCUUUCUCAGGUUUUUAUUUUAUGAAGCUGUUACAGAUGAUGGAUGCCUGUAAUUCCUAGUAAAACAGAACCAGUCUUAAAAACAACAAAAGCAUUUAAACUCCGACUCCUCUGUUCCCCUCCUGUCUCUCUGGGAAUGUACCUGCAUACAUCACCACACUGUGUCUGAUAUCACCAGUUUUUAUUUUUCUGUUUGACGUGGUGAACAUGACCUUCUGAGUUUAAGGCUACAGUAACAUGAAUCCUACUGCUUGCCCCAACCUAUUCCAAAUGUCUGUCCUCAUCAAUGAAGCUCAUCUUGGCCUUACUACUACUACUGGAUUUUGGAUGAUGUUAAAACUGAUGCUGAAGAGGAAUAGGGGCAACAGAAGCCACUUUUGGAUUUUUAACAUGGGCUAUACUGGAGCCAGGUGAUUACGCUGUACUGCUCUUACUUCUAGUGUGUGUGUGUGUGUUGUGUGUGAUUACAACCAAUGUACUACAUGUUCAAACAAAAACCAGCUGGAAAUUUAAAAUACACAUAUAGAUGAAAUAUAUAGAAAACUAUGUAAAGGUAUAUACUUCUAAUGGUUUUGUGUGUUGGCCUAAGCAAGCUUCAGUAAAUAGAAAGAAUUGUGAAGAGUCUUUUAAGGCGAGCAAAAUGUAGGAAACUGAUUGUGUGAAAUGACAUUCAUGUUUAUAUAUACUAUACAGCUAGAGCACAAGAUAAGGUGUGUGUGUGAUAUUUUCCUUCUAUGGUCUGUCAGGGAUUGUAGGCUAGCUGGACACAAUGAAGCUAACCAAGGAAACAAGCGCUUGAAGCUGGUGGCAGACAGCAGGGUUGGCUAACAAGUAUUUUUAAGUGCACUCAUUUUGAAUGUAACUGAAACGUUAACUCUCUGUGUCUAAAGAUAAUUAAAAAAAACAAGAAAAAUACUAUUUCUGUAAAGCAGCAACACUGUUUAUUUAUUUGCUAGCUUUUUUCUGUGAUGUUCUAGCUAUUGGAGCUACAUUCCUGUACUAGAAUGAUUGUAACAGUAUUUACAACAAUAAAUGACUUGCAGAAGGACUUUGUGGUGUCUAAAUGAGCCCUGAACGAUCUUGUUCAUGGGGAUGUUUAAACUGUGUUGUGUGGCCUCUUUUUCUUGUAUACAUGCUAACUGCAGUU